UCUGUUUGCAGGAUGUCGUACACUAUCACCGUCCGCGUUUACCAGACCAGCACGAACGCGUUCUUCCGCGUGGUCGAGAAGAUCGUCUGGCACGAAGCCAACGGCGGGACGUGGGACGAGUCCUGCGGCGAGCACAUCCUCACGCUGGGCGGCAGCGGCACGUCUGGAGCACUGCGGUUCGAGUCAGACACAGGCGAAAACUUCCUGGCCGCCUUCGGCGUGCACAGUUACAAGCGGUGGUGCGACAUCGUGACCGGGCUCGAGCCACGUCAGACGGGCACGCUCGUCCUUGGCGAGUACUACACCGACAGAGGCGCCGUUCAACGAGCGUACAUGCGCGAGAGACAGGCCGCGUCCUAUGGCGUAGAGAGUCUCGGGGACAAGCCGCGGGGGUUUAAUGUUGCCUAUACUGUGGCUGACGGGAAGAAUUUGAGGGCGAACAUCGUCAUCGGGUAGACAUACGCGCAGUAGGUUUCUUCGUCCACUGCCGGAAGAUCAGCCUAGUGUUCACGCUUCCUGUACAAUACAGCUACACUUGCAGCUAUACAGCCAUUCGUUGAUUCCGCGAAAGUCCACGGCUACGCUGUUAAUUUUCAUCACGGAAACCUGGUGCCAUGUACUCUCUCAAGCAUAUGAUGGCCCCGCUGUGAUGGACGGUACUAAGACUUUUGUGACACUUUAUGCAAUCUGCUAAGUCUGCAGUACUCUCUAUUUG